UUGGGGAAACCCCCUCCGGCGCGUGGCGCAUCCUGGGAUAUUUUCAUAGCUCUAGUGCCACCGGUUCCAACACAACGUGAUACUUUUCCUAGUCAAAACCAGCCAGAAACGACGUGACAGCAAAAAUACAGACAUUACGAAGUAGCCAAGACCAGGGAUGGCGAAUCAAGUCGACGAACCGAUGAUGGUGGAUGGGCGAGUGGACAGCCCAGGUGGCAGCUGGCCUGACAGGUGGAACCAUGUCAAGAAGAUGCUGGAAAGGGCCGGACCAUUCGCACAUCCUGACUUCGAGCCCAGUCCGGAGACUAUCCAGUUCAUGCUGGAGGUGUGUAAGAUUCUGGUGAUCGGAGCAGGAGGGCUGGGCUGUGAGCUCUUAAAAGACUUGGCACUGAUGGGUUUCCGUAACAUCCACGUUAUUGACAUGGACAAGAUUGACGUGUCCAACCUCAACCGGCAGUUCCUCUUCAGACCCAAAGAUGUUGGGAAGCCCAAGGCUGAAACAGCAGCAGAGUUUGUGAACACCAGAGUUCCAGGAUGCAGAGUAACACCACACUAUGCAAAAAUUCAAGACUUUGAUGGAGAGUUCUACAGACAAUUUCAUAUCAUAGUGUGCGGGCUGGAUUCAAUUCUUGCACGACGUUGGAUGAAUGGAAUGGUGCUGAGUCUGAUAAACUACGAGGAGGAUGGCUCUGUGGACCAGUCUUCCAUCAUCCCUCUCAUAGACGGGGGCACCGAGGGGUUCAAGGGGAACGCUAGGGUCAUCCUGCCGGGGAUCACCGCCUGUAUGGACUGUACACUGGAGCUGUAUCCACCGCAGGUGACCUACCCCAUGUGUACCAUAGCGCACACCCCACGCCUACCUGAACACUGUAUAGAGUGGGUACGGAUACUACUAUGGCCCCAAGAGAAACCGUUUGGAGAUAAUGGAAAGCCGCGGGAGGAAAGGGAGGACAUAGGGAUAGACGGAGACGACCCCGCACACGUCAAGUGGAUCUACGACAAGGCGCUGGAACGGGCAGAGAAGUACGGAAUAUCCGGGGUCACCUACAGACUUACACAAGGUGUUGUGAAGCACAUCAUCCCAGCGGUGGCUUCCACAAACGCAGUCAUUGCAGCUUCCUGUGCCACGGAAGUCUUCAAAAUUGCAACAAGCUGCUGUAACCCUCUGAACAACUACAUGGUAUUCAACGACACAGAGGGCCUGUACACGUACACAUUUGAAGCAGAGAAAAAGGAGGACUGUCUCGCCUGUAGCCAGGUCCCCCAGAAGUUCACCUUUGCCCCCUCGGCCAAACUGAAAGAUGUCAUCCAGUACCUGUGUGACAAUGCAGCAACGCAGAUGAAGGCACCUGGAGUCACCGCUAUCGUUGACGGGAGGAACAAAACGCUGUACAUGCAGACGGUAGAGUCAAUAGAGAAGAGGACACGAGAUAACUUAACAAAAACAUUAGAAGAAUUGGGUCUUGCAGACGGACAGGAGCUGGUGGUAGCCGACAGUACCACGCCGCAGUCUGUCAUCUUCAAAUUAAACCUCUCCCCGUAGACAAUCACAUGUAGACUCCAGCCACAUUUGUAUCAAAAGUACCCAAACUAUAAAGUCUACGUUGACUUUAGGACAAAAUUGACAUGUCUCAAAACUUGGCUGAACCACUGAACACUUAAAGAAUCAAGUAUAUGCACACUAGCCCCUUACAUGCACAUUGUAUGCCUAAUACCAAAUGCAAUUUGUACAUCAAGACAUUAUUCUUUGUCUCAAGGUAGUUGCCAAUAGGAUAUUACAGUUUAUCUGUUUAGAAAGAGCUUUAUAUGAUAAUUUUCCUUUAUGUCAGUGAUUUCUAUGAUAGUACUUACAACGUUGUGUAAUAAAAUUUUCUUAUUGAAGACUU